AAUAACAUCGAACUACACCCGAAUAAACUAAAAAGUUUUACAUCUAAGAUGCUUAUUCUGUGGAAUCAAAUAAAAACGUUUUAGCGUGUAUUAUAGUGAGGUUAGGUUUAAAAGUUUGUUAGAAAAUGUAAAAUAUUACGAUAGAUACAAACAUUUUGUACAUUAAAAAUAAGUAAACUUUUAAAGAAUGUUUAUAAAUAAUUAAUUACUAUCAGUUUACAGUACAGUGUGUUAUAACUAUUUAAUAAUCAAUUCAUAAUGAAUCCGACAAUCGUAGAUUUUAGUGUGGUGAAACAGAAGUUGAUAAAAACAGAUACAAUACUACAAAUGUAUUCAGAAAAUAGUCACAAGCUUAAGAAAGCUUUGCAAACGUGUAAGGAACUCAAGCAAAAACUAGAACGGACUCAACUUGAAAAUGAUAGGUGCACUUUUUCAUUAGAAUCACUAAAGACUAAAUACAAUACAAUGGAUGCUGAUUAUAAAUCGUUGUACGAACAAAAAACUUCCUUAGAACAAAAAUAUAAUCAGCAAGCUAUUGUAACACAAAAAAAUAUUAAAGAUCUAGAAAUGGAAAUACAAUAUCUAAAGGAGUUGAAUACAUUUGCAGAACCUUCCAAACAAAAGAAUCAAACUACGGUUGAUAACAAGAAAGUUGAAGAACUUGAAGAAAAACUAGUCAAACAUAAAAAUAAUGAAACUCAACUUCAAACAGAGAAUAAUAAGUUGCAGAAGGAAAUUACGGCAUUGCAAGAUCAACUAGCUGCUACUAAAGAAGAAAAAAAGAGAAUCACUGAUGGGUUUAAAGAGGAAAUUAAUAAAGUUCUUCAAGAAAUGCAUAUGCAAAAUUUAGAGAUGAAUGAAAAAUUAAAACAUUACACUCAGUUAUGUUACGACAAAGAUAUAGAAAUAAACAAUUUAAAACAGAAUGUAACAAUCACCAAUCUUUCAAGGGAUCUUGCUUGUACCAAAAGUAAGCGAAUGAGAAUGAAAAUUUUAACAGAAGCUCAAGUUAAUAUAGAUCCCAUAAAAACGGAGAAUAUUGCUAUACAGACUGAUACAAUAAUAUUGGAAUCAAAUACAAAUAACCCGGAACGGUGUUCAAAAGAAGAAUCGUUAGAAAAAACUGAAUCAGUUGAUGAUAUUUUACUAGAAAUGAUGUACAUACCCAAAUUAUUGUCACCAAUAAGAUCAGUUUCUCCAUUGAUGGAAGCUUUUGAUUCAUACGAUGAACAAACUGGCUCUCCUUUCACAUCUGAUAUAUCAAGAAGUAAAAAUACUUUACAGCAAGGAACAGAACCGAAUAAUAUUGAAAAUAGAUGUAGAUCUUUGGUUAAAAACAAAUUUCUAAACCGUAAAUACCGCAGAUUUAUGUAUUUACAGAAAAAACGAAGAAUUAUGAAGAAAAAACAGGAUAUAUUAAAAAGGAGACGUGCUCUUAAUUGCCAGGAUAAUGUCCUAAGGGCGUUACAGAUUUUAAAACGAUCCAAAAUCAAUUUCACAAUUUCCAAUGAAUCGACUAUUCCUUUCUAUUGCGACAACUUCAAUUCAGAAUGCGGGGAGAUUCAAUCAACUAAUUUCACCUCGCAAUUCCUCAAGAGAUUAUCAAAUACUGAAUGUUCCUCUUGUAAAUCCAAGAAAUGUAGAAGAACUUUAUUAAAUAACGGACCGAAUGAGAAAUUAUUGGAAUUUUUUAAUAUUAAAAAGGAAAAUAUAUCUCCGACUCCAAGUAGAAUGGAAUUUAAAAGUGAAACUAGACCGCAGAGUCCUCUACUAUGGUUGCACAAUCAAUUACAAUCAGAACUAACGCCCCAUAAUGUUCUUGAUAAAUUAGCGGAACUAGUCAGUGAGAGAAUCCAGAAGAAUGGAAGAAAAAGUUCAAUAGGAGCGGAAUAUCAAUCGGAAACCGAACUGGAUCUACAACAUUUAUUCCAAAAUACAAGCAUAGAUGAAUCCCGUAGUCCAGAUAUAAAUAUACCAGAAGAUGCAAUUUUAACAGAUUCAAAUCCAAAGGAAACUGUGUUACUAAAAGAAAUAGAAAAUCCUUCAGCUAGUAUAGGAGAUAGUACCAAAAAUAGUGAACCAAUUAGUGAUAAGAUUAAAUUUUAUACUGAAGAAGUUGGUGUGAUAACAAUCAAUUCUAAAAUUCCAAUUAAAAGUGAUACAACAACUACGAAUAUGCCUACUAGUGAAGAUAAAAAACCCGAAGAUGUUAAUAGAGACAAUAUUAUAUCAAGAAGUGAAAAUUUCAGUAAUACUUCAAUUGAAAUAGAUAAUAAUGAAGAAGAAACAAAAAUUGUUGAUUCAGAUCUUCAUUCAUCCAAUAAACUAUCAUCUAUUGACACAGAUUUGAAAAUUAUUGUCGAAGAUAACAAGAUGACUACUAAACAAAAUGAUUUGGUGUUAAAUAAUGAAGAAGUUGACAAGAAUAGAAGUUCAAACACCGAAGUAGAACAUCAGAUGUUGUCUCCUUCGGAAAUACUGAAGUUUUAUAAAUCACCACCGGCUUGUCUCAGCCCUUUGAGCCCUUAUCCAUCGAAAACUGAUACAAUUAAAUGUAGAACAAUGAAAAAUAAACAAGAGGAUGAAUCUGAUAAGUGUCGUAGUGAUAUCGAAGAUACCAGUCCUCUUUUGAAGACCUCUCCGAUGUCCCGAUGCAUAAACUCUCUUCUUAAAGAUGAAAAUAAACUUUCAAAUGAAUUAGAUUCCUUCAUAAACGCUUUCCAAUCAAAUAAGAGCUUCAGCGAAUUGAGUGGAUCUCCGAUUAGAAAAAAUGCCGUUAGAAAUUUAUCGAAUUAUUUUGAUAGGCAAUCGGGCACUAAUAACCCGUCAAUUGAAGGAGAUCCUUCAGUUAAUUUGGAUAAAUUAGAAGAUAAAUUUCCAAUAUUCCCCAUUCCAACAGAUGGUACAUCAGUAAUUGAAGAAGAAUUACCGGGAAUUAUCGAAAUAAAAUCUUCCGAAUCGUUACCUUUACAUCCGUGUCAAGAUUUACCUGCACCUAUACCUAUAUGUACCUCUAAUUCUCCAUCUACUUUCGCACAACCUCACCUGUCAUCACCUGUGUCCAAUUCUCUAUCAAUUCCUAUACCUAGCGAUAUAACAUCUUGUAUAUCAACAUUUUCCACUAUACAUUGCACACUAUCAGCUUCUCUAGCAUCUACCACCCCCAGUAGUCCAGCUUCUGUCACAACCAGUUGUCAAGAAUCUACUACAUUUAGUUCUCCAGCAUCUCCAGUACCUAAUAGUCCUGCAUCUCCAGUACCUAGUUGUCCAGCAUCUCCUGUACCUAGUUGUCCAGCAUCUCCUGUACCUAGUUGUCCAGCAUCUCCAGUACCUAAUAGUCCAGCAUCUCCUGUACCUAGUUGUCCAGCAUCUCCAGUACCUAAUAGUCCAGCAUCUCCUUUACCUAGUUGUCCAGCAUCUCCUGUACCUAGUUGUCCAGCAUCUCCUGUACCUAGUUGUCCAGCAUCUCCUGUACCUAGUUGUCCAGCAUCUCCUGUGCCCAGUUGUCCAAUAUCUGAUUGUCCUCAAUCUCCAGAACGAAGUGGUUCAACUUUUCCUUACCAAACUGAUAUUUUUCCUAAAAUUAUUCCGCUGGAGAAAAUUGAAGAUGUAAAUGGGAGUGAUAAUUCCAAAAUUGAAUCAGACGAAGGAAUUUCUAGUGAUACUUUUGUAGAAACCGAAGCAGAAGUUCCAUUAGUAGGAGAUGAAAAAAAUUCUAUUGGAUCGUUAGAUCAUACGGCAUGUCCCCCAAGGACUUUUCAAGCAUUCGAUAGUAUUAAAAAUGGAAACAGUAUAAAAAAGGCAUGUACACUAAAAAAAAUGAAUCCUAGUCUAGAAAAAAACGGAAUGAUAACUAGAAGACGGGCAGCAGAAUUUAAUAAAGAAUUGGAAGGAACGGAAAGCAAAAUUAGUAAUAAAUCAUGUUGCCACAUUUGUUUAACGAAGCAUUCGUGUAAACGGAAGGGUUUGGGGAAUAUGAAGGUAUCGAAUUUGGAGGAAUUUUCUGGUUCGGAAAUGACAAGGAAAAGAAAAAGGAAAACAAUCGAUUCUGAUAAGGCACCGACAACAAAACCUGAUGAUAUAAAUCAUGUAUUGCAAGAAACAACUACGAUAAUUGAACCACGCAUCCCACCCAUGAAUGAUAUAGUUAAAAGAGGUAGAGGAAGACCACGAAAAUAUCCAAAGGUAGAGGAAAAAACCAAUGAAAAUCGGAGCUCAAAUUUAGAAACAUCAGAAGUAAAUUGUGGAACAGAAAUGGCAACUCCACUUGACCCUAGUUCUGUUGGUAGUAAAGAAAACGUGAGAUGCAGACCUACAAAGAGGACAAAGCUCCAAUCAAAAAUAAUGAAACAGAUGAAAGAAAAACAAAAAAUGUUGAAAACGCCUGUUUCUUUACGUAGAAAUCCUAAUGACUGUGAUACGAAUAGAUUUAAAGAAAGUGCAUCUCUAAUCGAAAGUAGUUCGGUUCAGUUGCAAUCAACUACCGGAGCUAAAAGAAUUAACGUCGUGCAGAAUAUAUUGAUUCGACCUGCUUGCAAUAAACCGAUAGAUUUAUUGGAUGGACAGUUUUCUAGUCAGUCAAAUUUUAAAAAAUCAGUUAGAACACUUACGAAUAAACGACAGGCUGUGAAGGACGAUUGUGAUAUUCUCUCGAAGAUAAUGAAUGACAUGGACAAGGGGAAAGCGAAAGAAGAAGUUAAAAAUAUUGUGAUAAGAGACGUUCCCAGUGGUGUAGACGAUAAACAAUGGAGAAUAAGAAUACUGGAUAUGGCUGAAGUGAUGCAUAAUGCGACUGUUGAUAUGAAGCAUAUUUAUGGUCUGACGCCUACCAAGAAAAAACGAAAAGGAAUUUUGAAAAACGAUGCAGUAUUACCUGAAAAAAUAGGUGUAUUACUAAAAAAACUGUUAUCUAUCCCAAAUGAAGAUGACAUACCCCAUGAAAUUGUAUUGGAAUUCAAAAGACAGACUUCAAAUGAAAUCAUCGACAUCGUUAUUUACCAAAUUUCUAGAGACAUUCACGACUUGCCUGACAGUAAAUAUUAUCCGGCCCCCCUUAUGACCAGAACUCAGAGAAUAUUUCUUUCUCUACUCGUUAGAUUAGAAAAAGAAAAAGGAUUCGAAAACAUCGUUGAAACGUUUUUUUCCAGAAUACAAGAACAUAUCCUUAGAAUGGGAUGCGGUAUCCGAAAAGCCAUCCCUUUAACGAGAUUAUUUGUAAGUUUGUGUCGACUACAUGCUGAUAUACACAGAAUGCGAACAUUCUGUUGCGAAGCUUUUUUCUAUGCUGGAGAUUUGGCUGUUCCAAUUUUUUUUACUGUUUUGACUUCAUGGAUUGACUUAUUACCUUUCGCAGCUGAUGUCAAAAAUUAUCCAAUGGCAAAGUUAUUAAUACAAUUAGUUCAUCUAAAAACUUGCCGUAGACCUGGCUACAACCUUCUGGCCCUAAAAAGUUUAUUUAGUCAAUAUUACGGUUACCCCAAGGAAAGGUGGAACUGCGAUGAACUAUUCGAAGAAUUUUAUCAACUGUUUUUAACCAAUCCGUCUACACCUACAGAAUACGCAAUCCGUUUAUACUGCAAAAAUAAAGAUACGAAAUGGGUGUACAAGAAGAUCAACGAAUAUUUCAAACCACUGGUAUAUAAGAUUCCAGAUGAAAAUGUGAAUUUCAAAGCAACCACAGUUAUACUGAUGGGGAAAAUUUGUAGGAUGUUCAAGCCGAGUAACAGUCACGAUAAAGAUUGUCUAACUGAAUUAUUACGAUGGUUCGAAGGAUUAUUAGAAGAUAAUCCUGCGCUGAUUAUAGAACAGAGUAUCCAAUAUACCAUACAGCAUCUUCCAAAAGAAGGGAAGAAAAGACAAAGAUAUUUUGAGUCUUCUACCGGCAACAAUUGAAUAGAAACAAGGGAAUUUUAAAUAAAGUAUUUUAUUUCGUGAUUUUAUGUACAAUUGUUUUAAUUUUUCUUUUUUUUUUUUAUAAUAAUAGUCGAAUUUGUUUUAAUUUUAGGGUUAUUUAUUGUAAAUAUAAGAAGUUUGUUACCAAAAAUUACAUUAUUUUAAACAA